AUUUUGUUGCGCGUAUUUGGUGGGUUUCGCGCCAUCGCCCGAUUUCGGUGAACGAAAAGGGUGGAUAAACGACCCAUAGGAAUCUAACACAUCCAAUAAUGAACGCCGAAUCGAGCCCGUCCGUGUGUCGUUGUUGUUCGACCGCACUCAGAGAAAGCACCGACCCGUCCAUAGAUCUGCUUAAAUGUCCCGAAAUUAAUCGAAUGCUUAAACAACUGUACCCUUCCAAGGAUGUUCCAGGCGACGAACACAAGCUGAUCUGCAUGGCGUGCUACCUGAAUGCAUUGGGUCAUAGUAACUUCGUUGCGGAAUAUCGACAAAAACGGAAAACUUUCCGCAUGAACCAGCUGGUGCUAUACUCCCAGACAUGUCCGUCUCCACCGCCACCUCUUGCCCAAACCCUGGUUGCGGACGACGACAACAAAAGUGAUGAUGGCGAUGAGAACGCCAACACUGAGGAAAUUUCGCCACAAAUAUCGGUUGAGAGCUCGGAGAACUUUCUCGGUUUUUCGGACCCAAACGACGUCCCGGACAACGAGGAACAGCCUACAACAGUAGAAGAGCCAUCCAAUGACGAAGUGGUCGCAUCAGAUCGUGCGUCGACUUCAACGAAUGCCAAAAAUGGUCCACCAAUAAUGGAACUACGACCGGUGUUGGUGGACUGCUUGAAAACACCAAUGUAUCUGGAAUCUCUUGCACCGGUCACCGUUACCGUCGAUCCGGCGCAUCCAAAGAUCACGCGAUAUCUUUGCGGUAAAUGUUUUGCCAUUUUCGAUCACCUGACUGGCCUGAGGGUACACGAGAAACAUAACCGUUGCCACCUAUCCUGCCGCUACUGCCUGACCCGAUUGCGGGAGGGCAAAAAACAUCGAUGUGAACCGCAGGAAAAGUACGCACCGGUCCUACCGCUGGUGCGCGGCAAUAGAAACCGCCGUCGGCGCUCUGAGGCCGCGGUCGAUUUGACAUCGUUUGACGAAUCGACGGACCCCGAUGACUCUUCGGACAGCGAUGAAAUGUAAAAUGACACGUACAUGACUGAUUUGCUUAGUAAAACAACU